AUGCCUUUUGGUGAGCAGCUCCAAGAGACUUCAUCUGAUGCGAUCGUGCCUGGCCCCCAGAGUGUGUCAGAUGCAUUGCAGCCCGGAGUAUGCUACAUUCAUGCAGUUUCGGAUACAAAAAGAUCUGGACUAUUUUUGAAGACAAGAAGACGAAACUUGAACUUGCUUGUGCGAAGUGGGUGGACCUUCUGUCCUGCAUGCUCAUUGGAAGCUUCGGAUGUCGGGACGCAGUUGUAUCAGAGUAGAGGAGUUUUUGUGGCGCCUUUUCUAUUGGUCGAGCAAGACCUUUGGUCCCUUUUCCACUUUCUGCGCGGAGAGCGUUUAAGGACUGACAGAGGAUUCACAACUGCAUCAACUUUCCUAGAGGCCGUCAGGUUCAGCAAGUUCACAGUCGGAUUGCGUGGCUGUGAUUCCAUCCUGCAGGCUGGUAGGAUUUUGGGAUUCGCUGCAAUUGAGCGAAGGGAGAAGGGUCCAACAAAGCAAGCGCCCAUUUUGGAGCUUGUGCAUUUGAGGAAGCUUCAUGAGAUUCUUUUGAUAGGUUGUGAUCCAGUGGAUCGAUUGGGAGCAGGUGCCAUGCUCAUAUGCAUAUACGGCAGAGCUAGGUGGUCGGAUCUGCGCUAUAUCCAUCGGGUUGAGCUUGAGGAGAGGCGCAAUGGUGGUUUAUACGCAGGAGCACAAAACGUCUGCAGUUGGUUUGAGACGUGA